UUUUACACACUUCAAAUAAACGGAUUAUUAUAAUAGUGUUUAACAACUAGGAAAAAUAACUCAUGCCUUGAAUGUUUUUUUUAAUUUCACCAACAUCCGUAUAAAAGUAAUAUAUCCAAUUUUUUUUCGUUUCUUUUCGUUCCCCCCCCCAAAAAAAACAAAUAAAAUUGACAAAUGAAAUUAAAAACAAAUUACAUUUUAAUAACAAUAAUAAUAAUACAAUUAUUUGUUAAUACAUAUGCAUUUAUUAAUAAAUCAUUAAAUAUUCAAUUAAAAAUUGAUGAAGAAUCACCAUUACAUACAACUGUCGGAAAUAUUACGUCAUAUUUAUUUAAAAAAUCUAAAAUUACAUCCGAUUCAAUCUAUUUUACAAUAACACCAAAUGGUUUAAUUCAAUUAAUAAAACGUUUAGAUAUAGAAUCAUUAUGUAUAGAACAAUUAUUAUGUUGUGAAUAUAAUAAACCAUGUGAAUUAAUAUCAAAUAUAAUCAUAGAAGGUAUGAAUACUAAUGAAUUACAAUUAUUAGAAUUAAAUGUUAUUGUACAAGAUAUAAAUGAUCAUAAACCACAAUUUAUAAAUGGUAAUGAACAAAUAAUAAAAAUAUCUGAAUUAUCUGAAAUUGGUACAAUAUUAAAUGUAAUACCAGCUAUUGAUUUAGAUAUAUCACCAGAGAAUCAAAUACAACAAUAUACAAUACAUGGUAUAGAAUUAAAACAACAUUUUGAAUUAGAUAUAAAUAAUUUACCAAAUAUCUAUUUACGUUUAAUUCAAUUAUUAGAUUAUGAAUUAAUUAAACAUUAUAAUGGAAUAAUUGAAGCAUGUGAUAAACGUUAUUGUAUACAACAAAAUUUAACAAUACAAGUUCUUGAUGCAAAUGAUAAUAAACCAUUAUUUUUGAAACAUUCAUAUGAAUUAACUAUACCAGAAAAUUUUAGCGUUGGUCAAACAAUUUUAAUAUUUAAUGCAAUUGAUAAAGAUUCUGAUAUAAAUGCACGAAUGAAUUAUCAAUUACAAGAUAAUAUGGAUUUAAAUUUAAAGAAAACAUUUCGUUUAGAUAGUCAUUCUGGUCAUUUAAUAUUACAAUCACGUUUAGCUGCACAUCAACGUUCAGAAUAUCGUUUUACAGUAACUGUAAGUGAAGUAUUAAAUAAUCAAAUACAAUCUGGUGAUAUUACAUCAUCAUCGUCAUCAUCAUCAACAUCAUCAUUAUUAUCUAGAAUACCAGUUACACCAAGUGAUACAGCAAAUGUUGUAAUCACUGUACAAGAUUUAAAUGAUUUUAGUCCAUCAAUUAAAAUGAUUUCACCAAUGGAAGGUAAAUCAUUAUCUAUAUUAGAAAAUUCUGAACAUAUACGUGUUUGUGUAUUACAAGUUACAGAUAAUGAUUUAUAUGAUAAUGGUCGAGUACAAUGUCAUCUUGUAUCGAAUACACUUGAAUUAUCUAAUAAUUUAAUAAAUUCUACUAAUAUUGAUUCAUUUGAAUUGACACAAACUGGAAAUCAUUAUACUUUAUUAACAACAAGAUCAUUUGAUGCUGAAUUAGAACCACAUAUAAUAGUGAAUAUUGCAUGUACAGAUUAUGGUAUACCACCACGUUCAUCUAGUCGUGAACUUAUGAUAAACAUUGAUGAUGUUAAUGAAUAUCCACCUGAAUUAGAACGAAUUAAUUAUCAUGCUAGUAUAAUGGAAAAUGUUAAAUCUGGUGUAGAAGUUGUACAAAUCAUUGCACAUGAUCGAGAUCAAGCUGCUAAACUGACAUAUGAAUUAAGUAGUGAAGGAAAACAAUAUUUCACUAUUGAUCCUAUUACUGGUGUAAUAACUACAUUAGGAGGUGAUGAGAAAGAUGAAAAUGGUAAUUUACAUAGUUUCAGUUUACUUGAUCGUGAGAAAACAGAGAAAAUCACUUUCUCAGUAUGUGUUACUGAUGGUACACCAACAAAUGGUUGUGGUAUUAUUUCUUUAGAUCAUAAUUCUCAAGGUAAUAAAGAAGGAAUAAGACAAAAACAUUUACAACAAUCAGUUGAUACUUCUAAUGAUGAUAUUGUCCACCCAAUAUUUACGGCUUCCGCUACUGUGUUUGUCACAAUUUUAGAUGUUAAUGAUAAUGAGCCACAAUUUAUAACGAAAGGACCUUUUUCAAUUCAUGAAAAUCAACCACGUUUUACUCAGAUCAAUGGACGUCUUACAGCACUCGAUGCAGAUGCAGGAGAAAAUGGACAUGUCCGAUACAGUCUUCGUCAUAUUUGGAAUAGUGCAACUGGUAUCCUUUCACCUGAUCUAUUUGAAGUUGACUCUGAAGGUCAUAUUAGAACAAUGGAAGUAUUAGAUCGUGAACAAAUUAAUGCAUAUACAUUAGAAAUUGUUGCUUGUGAUUCAGCAUCACUUAAUCCACUCUGCACGGAAUUGAAUGUUACAGUAACAGUAUUAGAUGAAAAUGAUAAUAAACCUGAAUGGCAUUAUCCUCAUGCUCGUGAUAAAGAAGUUAAUAUUACAUCUGAUUUACCUCCGGGUAGAAUAGUUGCUCGUAUAUUGGCUAUGGAUUUAGAUGCUGGAGAAAAUGGACGAGUAGUUUAUUCACUAAUUGAUCCACAUAGACGAACUGUAUUUCAAAUUGAUAAUGUUACUGGAGAGAUUUCAGUUGUAAAGAAUAAUUUGAAUGAAAUGAUACGAAAUGGAGAAAGUCCAUAUACAUUAGAUGAUUCCGUUGAGUCUACUCCAUUGCUUCCCGGUGUGUAUCGACUUCGUUUGCGUGCUUCAGAUAUGGGACAUCCUGAACAGGCUACAGAAACUUGGCUUCAGGUCAAUGUAUUUGGUUCAGAUUCAAUAACAAACGCGGGUCUAAACUUUAUGAUUAUCAUAGUGAUGAUUGCAAUAACUGGUCUAAUCUCAGUUUGUCUUGUGGUUGCCAUUAUUUGUGUUCGUAGACGAUCUUCACUACAAUGGAAUCGACCACAAGCAUAUCCACAGGCGAAUGGCUUCCAUAGAGGAAGAAGUGCAGGAGAUGGAGCUGAGGGUUCAAUGUUCCCAUUGAAACAUGAGUAUAAUCAUCCACUAGAGGGUACUGGUUAUAUGAUGAGUAUUAGUCCGACUCCUUCUGAUUUGGAUGCACUUAAAUUAGGAUAUCAAACUAACGGAGGUAAUUAUUUGGAUACUCUGCAUUCAGCCCCUGAUAUGCACCCAUAUGGUUGGAAUAAUCCUAAUUCCCCUCCUGGAGUGUACUAUUCUGCCGGCUCAGGCCCCGGAGGUUUAAAUACCACUAAAAAUUAUCCUUUCUGUUCUCUUCCGAUGGAUCAAAAUAUCUCAACUCCAAUGGGAACACUUCAUUUGCCUUUAUAUGCUCCAGCUAAUCGAAUUACUCCUACAUUCCCAGCUGAAUCGGGCACCUUUAUGCGUUAUCCAGCAUACAAUGUACAAUCGCAUUUAGUAGGAACAUCUUCAUGUCUAAACUUUUCUCCUUGUUCAGUAAGUGGUACUGAUCAAAUCACUCCACAUACAAGUGCUGUAUCAAGUUUUACAGAAGUACCAGGUGAUUCAACAGUCACGACAACAACAUCACCAACAGUCGGACAAACGUUGGAUGAGUUAAGAGAAACAGAAAUAUGCAACUUAGGCUCUUGUAACUCAAGGAAUCCUUGUGAAUGUGAACAGAAUGCUCCUUCAGCUCCAAGACAAAUGUAUACAGUGUACAAUCUGAACAGUGAAUCUAUCAGUUUUUAUCAAAUAAUAACCUUGAUUAAAUUAAAAUGUCAUACUUGGGAAUGUUUAUUACUCCUUUAAUAAUAGGUACCAAUAAUGGAAUAGGAUGUUGUUAUACUACAUCUAAUCGUCGAAUUCAAAAUGGAAAUAUUCAUUGUGAACUUGAUGUAGAAUCAGCUGAUUCUGGACGUGGAGCUAGUGAAGAUGAUCCAAGUCAAUUAGGUGGACAAUUUAUGCAUUUUUAUCCUACAUGUCAUGUAUCUAAUUUACAACAUCCAACAACAAUUACUCAUAUAAAUAAUUCAUCAUCUAUUAAUAUAAAUGGAACAACAACAUUAACAUGUGUACAAAAUAUGAAAGGAAAUGAUAAUUCAACAAAUAAUUCUUCUAGUAUUGUUAUUUUACCCGGUGGAAUAAUCAAUGAAAAUUGUUCUAGUGUUGGCAGUGAACAAUCAAAAUUAAAUUGGAAUACCAAUGACGUUGUUCGUCGAUUAAAAUUAUAAAAAAACAACAACAUCAGAAAUUGAAUAUUGAUUUUAAAUUGUUUAGGUUCAAAUAAACUUUACUCUAACUUGUUUCUAUGUAUCAUAUUUAUAUUUCACUCUUUUUCUAUCUAUUUACAUGUUUGUUUCUCUCUAUCUCUCUUUCACAGUAUCUAUCUAUUUCGUUCGUUUUUCUUUUGGUGAUUUUUCUUGUCAGUCAAUAUGAAAAUGUUUUAUUUUCAACGUGGUUUUUCUUUUUACAAAGUUCUUUUGUCAAAUGUAAAAAAAAACUAUACGUUUAAUCCUCCAUCAAUUAUCUCAAACUUUAUCAUUCCAUCAUUGCCGCCAUAACAAUUACUCUUUGUUCCUGUUCUCUUGAAUUUGAUCUUCUUAAUCAUCUGCUAACAGGGUAUUCCACUUCUGGCAGAUGUUAUAUAUUAUUUAGGUCGAUAUAAGUAACAUACACCAAGUACUUACCAUUAGGUCGAAAGAAAUACUCCAAGUAAUAAUAAUAGGGUUCGGUUUAGUUAUGUAAAUUAUUCAGCUUUCAAAAAUAAUAUUAAAAAUUU